AUGCUAGCAAAUCUAAAUUCGGGAUCUACCAUCAAGCUAAGACCAAAAUUACCAUCUGGGAUUGAAACAAUAACCCAGAACAACCAAUCAACAAAUGGACCAUACAGUUCAGAAGCAGGCUUGACUGCUGCGCCACCAUGGGUUAAACCAAACAUAUCUCCAUAUUCAAAGUCUCUCUCAGACCAUGAGAAUAGCUGGCGAUCUUACUUUUUGGGCAUGCCUGUGCUUAUUCUCGGCAUUGUUCAAAUCGUUCUGAUCGUGCUGAUCAUCAUCCUUGAAAUAACAUCGUUGGGUCUCUCGACGUAUAGUGCUACUGGUGCUGGUAUCUGGUGUAGCAUUGCAUUCAUACCAACGGCUAUCUCAACUGUGUUAUUAGUUAAAUCUUGGGCGCGAUCCCGAGUUAGAGCUUCGCGUGUUCUCAUUGCUCAAAUUAUUCUGCUUGUAUUCACUUUUAUUUUGAUUGGCAUUGUUGGUAGCUAUGUUUCAUCCAACAGUAUAACCAAUUCAACUGCGUAUACAACCUAUUAUGGUACUAAUAAAAAUUUGACAACAAAAUACAAAGUAAUGCAAGCACAAUUGGCAUUUUCUAUUAUUUUAAUGUUUUCCGGAUUAGCUUAUGUGAUAUUCUAUUUGGUCGUCACUUAUUUGGCUCUAUGGAGACCAUUUCAUACUCUUGACAUAUCUCAUAUGUUUUUUGAUUGA